AUGCAAGAGGGGGCACCAGAGGUAAUCGUAUCAGCCGUUAAUAUACCUGUUAUGGACCAAUAUCAUUUGACAUCCUCGGAAGACAAGGAAACAGAUGACUCAUCCUCAACUACUUCUGAAUCGCUUCACCGUGAAGCAAACCUCUCCAUGACUAACACUAAACAUGCUCUCCCAGAACAGGUAGUCAAAGAAUCGACUCCAAAGGAAUCCUCCUUGGUUCAUAUGGAGCCCCAGAAGAUAGAAGAGAAACAGGUUAAUUUAUCAGAGAUCAAGGGGACGAAAAUCCCCUAUAAUCAGAAAGUAGAACAAGAUUUAAUAUGUGAAUUACUUGAAUUUAUUACAUGGCAUGAUUCCAUAUCCUUACCGAAUUCUAUAUCUAGCAAACAUAUUCUAGAUGUUCCAGUCGACGCCGACCCAACUCCAGGUUCUGUACCUCAUUUAGCUCAUUUAUUCGACAAGGCUGAAAAAACCGGUCGGAAAGAAAAAUUACGAUGGUAUUACUAUAGUGAGGAAUAUGAAAAAAAGUAUUUGCGUAAGAUGACACAAAAGGCUAAAAACAUCUAUACAUUGUUCAAAGGAGUAGGAAUAGAUAAAAUUGGAGUAGUUACAUGUAGCGCUGAUGCGAUCUCUAGGCUAACUGAUGCACAAAUCCAGAAUAUAAUAAAUCUUUAUACUGAUGAACUAACCAAAUCUCAAAAAUUGAUAGGCUCUGGAUCGAAAAAACCGCCAGAUGUCGGAAUAAGCACUCCUCAGACUUCAAAAACCAAUCAGACUAAUGUACGAGCCCAAUCUAAGCCAACUUAUGAUCGAUCUUAUUUUCGUAGCAAAACAUUGGAUCAAUAUCCUAAUUUAUAUCGAGAAGGUAGUGAUGGAAAUGACGAUUAUUAUGGAAUUACUGAUGAAUCUUUAUGCCCGCUAUGUAAGUUAGAUCAUGACGAUGAAAAUGGUAUAGAAGGCAGAUAUGAAAUUGGAUAUUAUAAUCUUAAAUGUGAACAACGUGGAAUUGAAAUUGAG